AUGAAGGCAACAGGUGCCUUAGUGCUUCUCAGCCUGCUGCUGCUCUCUUUCUUCUCGGAUGUAGCAGGUCAAGACAUUGAAGAGAUUUGUAGAGAGUUUGUAAACAGAAGUGUGUACUGCACGAGGGAGUCCAACCCUCACUGCGGCACGGAUGGCAUCACGUACGGAAACAAGUGCGCCUUCUGCAAGGCAGUGCUGAGAAGUGGAGGGAAAAUAAGAUUGAAGCACCUGGGGAAAUGCUGA